AUGGCAUUGAUCAAAAACAUUGCCAUUCUUCUAUUCUUACACACAAUUCUUCAAUCCCAACUACACAAAUCAAUAGCAUUAGAUGAAACAUGGAUAAAAGCUGGUUAUUGGCAAUAUGACACAACAAAUCCUUCUAAUAUCCAAAGCAUAAAUUCAUCUCUUUACACACACAUCAUAUAUGGCUAUGCUGAAAUGGCAUUCAACUCAUCAACAGAUUACUUGAUUGUCACAACAUCAAAUGAUGAGCAACUUAGAAACUUCAAUAACAUUGUCAAAAUGAAAAAUCCAUCAAUCAAGACAAUUUUAUCAAUAGGUGGAAAUGAUCAAUCUUCUUAUGGAUCAGAGAUGUACCUAUUAAUGUCAAGCACAUACUUCCCUACAAGAAAAUAUUUUAUUGACUCAUCUAUUGAAGUCGCGCGAUUUUAUGGCUUUGAUGGACUUGAUUUCUGCUGGAUGUGGCCUACUUCAUCGCUAGACAUGUCGAAUGUGGCUACCCUUUUGGAUGAUUGGAGAGUAGCUAUUGAUCUAGAGUCAAAGAAGUCGAAAAAAACGCGACUUAUUUUGACCAUGGCAAGUCAAUACACACCAUUUAUUCAAGAUUUGAGUUUUCCAAUUGAGUCAAUGAGGAAAAACUUGGAUUGGAUACAUAUUUUUGCAUUUGAUUACUAUGAUCCAGGGACAACAAAUUACACAUCCCCUGCUUCAGCAUUGUAUGGUGAUUCAACAAAAGAUACUUUGAAUACUGAUUAUGGGAUUAACGUUUGGAUCAAAUCUGGUUUCCCUAGUGAAAAGAUUGUGUUAGGAUUGCCAUUUUUUGGCUAUGUAUGGACAUUGGUUAGUCCAAAAAAUAACCAAAUUGGCGCGGAGGGAAUAGGGCCAGGGCCAAAAGAUCCUCUGUAUGGUACUGAAGGUGAAAAGGAGCCAUUCGCGAGUACAAAUGGUAUAUUGGAAUUCAAUAGUAUCAAGAGAGACAUGAUAAAAUAUCGCGCUAAAAAUUCAACGUAUAAUUCAACUUAUGUGAUGAAUUAUGUCUCUAUUGGUACAACUUGGGUUGGUUUUGAUGAUGUUGAGGCAGUGAAAACCAAAGUUUCUUAUGCAAAAGAGAAGAAUUUGAAGGGAUAUGUGGCAUGGCAAGUCUCAUAUGACUAUACCUCUAUUCUUUCUCAGGCUGCUGCAUUAGAAGUUAAAGAUAUACAAGAAGUGGGAGCUAUUGAUCAAUCAGCUAGUAUGCAGAAGAAGAAAACACUCAAUCGACUGAUUCUCAUUUUGAUUCCAAUGGUAUCUCUAUUGAUGUUGUUGUUGCUUAUCUUUACACUAUGGUGUCUUCGAAGGAGAAAAAUACUUAAAUUCCGAGUGCCAAGGAACAAAAUUGGAAGCAACAAUAAUGAAGAAAAAGGAGAUGAAGAAACUAGGACACUGCAAAUAUUCACUUUUGAUGAGAUGAAGGAAGCUACAAAUAAUUUUUCAGUUGAAAAUGAGCUUGGAAGAGGUGGAUAUGGACCUGUUUACAAGGGAAAAUUGAGAAAUGGGAGAGAAAUAGCAGUGAAAAGGCUAUCAAAGACUUCAUCUCAAGGAUUUGAAGAAUUUGAAAAUGAAGUGAUUCUUACUGCAAAAUUACAACAUAUAAAUCUUGUAAAAGUUGUGGGAUUUUGCAUUGAAAAUGAAGAAAAAAUGUUGAUUUAUGAAUAUAUGCCCAACAAGAGCUUGGAUUACUACAUUUAUAAUCAAGUGAGAAGAUUGGUUCUAAAUUGGGAAAAAAGAGUGCAAAUAAUUGAAGGGAUUAUUCAAGGGCUAUUAUACCUCCAAGAAUAUUCAAGAUUAACAAUUAUUCAUAGAGAUAUAAAAGCCAGCAAUAUUCUAUUGGACUUACAAAUGAAACCAAAGAUUUCUGACUUUGGAAUGGCAAGAAUUUUCAAGAAAGAUGCAAUUGAAGCAAAUACCAACAAAAUAGUUGGAACAAAGGGUUAUAUUCCACCUGAAUAUGCAAUUGAAGGCAGAUAUUCAACAAAAUCUGAUGUUUUCAGUUUUGGAGUACUUCUUCUUCAAAUCAUAAGUGGGAAAAAGAAUACUUGUUACUAUGGUCCAGAUGACAAUUUAGACCUUCUUGAUUAUGCAUUUGAGAUGUGGAAAGAUGGUGAAGGCAUGGAAUUUAUGGAUCAAUCACUUGAUGAUACAACACAUUCUUGUAAACUAUUAAAAUGCAUGCAAAUUGCAUUAUUAUGUGUCCAGAAAAAUCCAUUGGAUAGGCCUACAAUGUUGGAAAUUUCAUCUAUGUUCAAAAAUAUUGAAAAUUUAGUUAUGAAUUCCCCAAAGAGGCCUGCAUUUUCUACAAGACAAGAUGAAGAUCAAGUUGGCAAUAAUAUUCCAAAUGGCGAAUUAGACAUUGACAAUGCAACAAUUACACAAUUGGUUGCAAGAUGAUAUGCUACUCUUUUGCGAUUGAUUUAAUCCGAUUAGUAGGUAAUUUGUCUUAUUUUCGAAAUUACAAAUCCCAAUUAUUUAUAGACGUUUACUACCUAAUCGUAUUUAUUG